AUGGCCCCUCAACUUCAACAACCCCUAGACACCUACCUGGCUCGGCAUCGCCAGCUUUCCCCGACGGCAGCCGUUCGCGUGUCCCCCCUCGCUCUUGGCGCCAUGAACUUUGGAGAGAAGCAGAAAGCCACAAUGGGCGAGUGUACCAAGGAGACCGCGUUCGAAAUCAUGGAUCACUAUUACUCUCAGGGCGGUAACUUCAUCGACACCGCAAACAAUUACCAGGCCGGCCAGUCCGAGGAAUGGGUCGGCGAAUGGCUCGCAUCGCGAGGCAAUCGCGACGACAUUGUGCUCGCCACCAAGUACAGUAGUGCCUACCAGCUCCAUGACAAGUCAAAGCUUCAAUCCAAUUACGGCGGCAACAGCACAAAGUCGUUGAAGCACUCCGUCGCCCGGUCUUUGAAGGCCCUCCAAACGACCUACAUAGACAUUCUGUAUCUUCACUGGUGGGACUAUUCUGCCUCCAUUCCUGAGGUCAUGCACUCACUCAAUGAUUUGGUCUCUUCUGGCCAAGUCCACUACUUGGGCAUUUCAGACACCCCAGCCUGGGUGGUAGCCAAAGCAAAUCAGUACGCCCGUCUCUCAGGACUUCGCCAAUUCGUCGUCUACCAAGGCAACUGGAACGCGUCCCUGCGCGACUUUGAGCGGGAUAUUAUCCCCAUGUGCCUGGACGAAGGCAUGGGUCUUUGCCCUUGGGGCGUCCUCAACGCCGGCCGCUUCCAGACGGAGGAGGGCUUCAAGGAGCGCGAGAAGCACAAUCCGGGCAGACAAAACAAAGUUUCGGAGCACGAUAAGAAGGUUUCCAAGGCUUUGGAAAAGGUCGCCAACGCCAAGGGCGCGUCGCUUCCCGACGUUGCAGUCGCCUACGUCAUGCACAAGGCCCCAUUUGUCUUCCCUAUUGUGGGUGGACGGAAGCUAGGUCACAUUGAAAGCAACAUCAAGGGACUUGGUCUCGCUCUUACCGAGGAUGAUAUUCGCGAGAUUGAGGGUUCUCACGAGUUCGAUCCUGGAUUCCCUCAUACUUUCCUGAGCGGCACCUCCCUUUUUGGAGGCGCCCCCAAAGGAGCUUACCACCCCGGGGAUGUGUGGCUGACGAAUCUGAUGGGCAAGUUUGACUGGGUUGAAGCCCCCAAGGCAAUUUCAUCGGAAUGA